ACGUGGUCUUGUAAUGCGACCGCAGAGCUGAAGAUUAUAUCACAAAAGGAAGGCAUCGAUAAUAUAACUCGAAAAAUUCAACACAUAUUUUACAGCAAAGAAAAUGAUUGGGGUUUCAGUCACUUCCUGGGAUGGAAUGAUAUACUCGAUCCCGAAAAGGGUCACAUCAAAGAGGACGCCAUUAUUUUGGAGGUCUGGGUCUCAGCGGACGCGCCACACGGAGUCAGGUCUGUCAUCGGGUGUCACUUGUGCGCCAUCGACUGGCGUUGGGACAGUAAGAAGCACACGGGUUUCGUGGGCCUCAAGAAUCAGGGCGCCACGUGUUAUAUGAAUUCACUGCUGCAGACGCUCUUCUUCACGAAC